AUGCCAGGGAGCAAGUGUAAUGUUGAUCCUGCCACACCCAAAAGUAGAACAGAAAGGUUACUGAAGGAAAGAAAUUUACGGAAAUUAAACAGGGUGUUCAAUCUGAAUGAGAAAGCAGGAGAUAGUAUGAGGGAUGCAGAGCUCUUUUCUAAUGAUUCUGCUUUAUCUGAAGCUGAAAAUUGGGCUCCACUUAAUGAGGAAGAAUUGUCUGAAGGGGUUGAUGGAUAUGAAAGGCAAGAUCAGAGGCUUCCUAAACAACGUUUAUUGGUGGUUGCGAAUAGGUUGCCCGUGUCUGCAGUUAGGCAGGGCAAGGAUUCGUGGCAACUUGAGAUAAGUGUAGGUGGGCUAGUCAGUGCACUUCUGGGUCUGAAGGAAUUUGAUGCCAGAUGGAUUGGUUGGGCUGGUGUAAAUGUACCUGAUGAAAUUGGACAAGAAGCACUAACUAAAGCUUUGGCUGAAAAGAAGUGCAUCCCAGUUUUCCUUGACGAAGACACUGUUCAUCAGUAUUACAAUGGUUAUUGUAACAACAUAAUAUGGCCUCUUUUCCAUUAUCUUGGGCUUCCCCAAGAAGAUCGCCUUGCAACCACCCGUAGUUUUCAAUCUCAAUUUGAUGCAUAUAAGAAGGCCAACCAAAUGUUUGCUGAUGUUGUGCACAAACAUUAUGAGGAGGGUGACGUUGUUUGGUGCCAUGAUUACCACCUAAUGUUUCUUCCCAGAUGUCUGAAAGAGAAAAACAGCAACAUCAAAGUUGGUUGGUUUCUUCACACUCCUUUUCCUUCCUCUGAAAUACAUAGGAUGCUGCCAUCUCGUAGAGACCUGUUGGAAUCUGUUCUUGCAGCCGAUUUAGUUGGUUUUCACACAUACGAUUAUGCAAGACAUUUUGUCAGUGCUUGCACUCGUAUCCUCGGGCUUGAGGGUACACCUGAAGGAGUUGAGAAUCAGGGAAAGCUGACUCGUGUAGCAGCGUUUCCUAUUGGGAUAGAUUCUGAUCGAUUCAUUCGAGCUCUGGAACUCCCUCAGGUCCAGGAUCACAUAAAAGAACUGAAAGAAAGAUUUGCUGGCAGAAAGGUUGGAGCUUCUUUUACUGCAUGA